CGAGGAGGCGGCGCUGAGGAGGAGGAGGCGGCGGUGGCGGCGCGGACGGACCCGACAUCUUGUGCCCUCCCCUCCCGCUGGGGCUGUAUCCACUGCCGGUAACUCACGGUGUGCUGGAGAGAAGCAGGAGCCACCUUGUUGCCAUCUGCUGCUGCCCACCAAGGUCCAGGUGUCCUUCUCCUCACUGCACAUCACUGGAGGUCUUCAUCAUCAUGGGACUUGUCUCUUCACUGGCAUCCCCGAGCCUUGUUGGAAAGAGCCAGGAAACUCCCCCAGCAGCACUGCCUUGAGCUCCAGCCUUGUGUCCUCUGCAGCAUUUCAGCUUGCACGGGUGCUGUUUGCAGAGGGAUUCUUUUUUAUCCGUGCCUGGGAGGUGUUUUCCAAGUUUGCCGAGGAGAUCAAAACAUUCCUAGAUUGCUGCUUAGGAGUUUCUGUUGUUGCAGACAAGGUCGCGGUGUUCAGCUCAGUGUGUCUGAGUUCAUUUCAGGGCUGCUUUCAAGGUAUUUUGGAGGCUCCCUGGAGCGCAGCCAUGAGGAAGCCUCGGAGGAGGUCCCGGCAGCCCCUGGGGGGGAGACGUUCCCCCUCUCCCUACAGCCUCAAGUGCUCACCCAGCCGGGAGACCCUGACGUACGCGCAGGCCCAGCGGAUGGUGGAGGUGGACAUCGAGGGGCGGCUGCACCGCAUCGGCAUCUACGACCCCUUGAAGAUCAUCACGGAGGACGAGCUGACUGCCCAGGACAUCACAGAGUGCAACAGCAACAAGGAGAACAGCGAGCAGCCCCUUUUCCCUUCCAGAUCUAAGAAAACGCCUUCCAAAGGCAAGAAGAAGGAGUCCUGCUCCAAACACGUGCCAGGGAUAUCUUUACACUUACCCCAGCCCAGCUUCCGACUGGUGGACUCCUUCAGCCAGCCAGAUGCUCCUCCUCUGCCUGCUGCCUACUACAGGUACAUUGAAAAGCCUCCUGAGGACCUCGAUGUAGAGGUGGAGUAUGACAUGGACGAGGAGGACCUGGCGUGGCUGGAAAUGGUCAAUGAGAAGAGAAGGGACGAUGGUUAUGGAUCAGUUUCUGCUGACACUUUUGAGCUGCUGGUGGACAGGUUGGAAAAGGAGUCGUACCUCGAGAGCCGGAACAACGGGGCUCAGCAAUCCCUCAUUGAUGAGGAUGCCUUCUGCUGUGUCUGCAUGGAUGAUGAGUGUCACAACAGCAAUGUCAUCCUCUUCUGUGAUAUCUGCAAUCUGGCCGUGCACCAGGAGUGUUACGGCGUCCCCUACAUCCCCGAGGGGCAGUGGCUUUGUCGCUGCUGCUUGCAGUCCCCUUCUCGCCCUGUGGAUUGUGUCCUUUGCCCCAACAAAGGAGGAGCCUUCAAGCAGACCAGCGACGGCCGCUGGGCUCACGUGGUUUGUGCCAUCUGGAUCCCAGAGGUCUGCUUUGCAAACACUGUGUUCCUGGAGCCCAUUGAAGGGAUAAAUAACAUCCCCCCGGCUCGGUGGAAGCUCACGUGCUAUAUCUGCAAGCAGAAAGGCAUGGGAGCUGCCAUCCAGUGCCACAAGGUGAACUGUUACACUGCCUUCCAUGUCACCUGUGCCCAGCGGGCUGGUCUCUUCAUGAAGAUUGAACCCAUGAGGGAAACCAGCAUCAACGGCACGACGUUCACCGUGCGCAAGACUGCCUAUUGUGGGAGUCAUUCCCCGCCUGGGAUGUUGAAAAAAGGGUCUCCAGCUCCUAAUGGUGAGGGGCAGGAGGACACUGUGAAGGAGGAGAAAGAGGAGGAAGCCAAUUUGGGCCCUCCCAAAGGGUCUCUGAAAAAGAACCAAGUGAAAUUGAAGCAGAAGAUCAAAAAGGAGCCUGGUGAUGUGACCAACGAGCGUUCGUCUGUGCCCAUGGUGACAGUUGCACAAAUCCCCUCUUACAGGCUGAACAAAAUCUGCAGUGGCCUCUCCUUCCAGAGGAAGAACCAGUUCAUGCAGAGGCUCCACAACUACUGGCUGCUGAAGCGGCAGGCCAGGAACGGGGUGCCCCUGAUCCGGCGCCUGCACUCGCACCUCCAGUCCCAGCGGAGCGCCGAGCAGAAGGAGCAGGAUGAGAAGACCAGUGCAGUGAAGGAGGAGCUGAAGUACUGGCAGAAACUGCGGCACGACCUGGAGCGAGCGCGGCUGCUGAUCGAGCUGAUCCGUAAGAGGGAGAAGCUCAAACGGGAGCAGGUCAAGGUGCAGCAGGCUGCCAUGGAGCUGCAGCUGACCCCUUUCAACGUGCUGCUGCGCACAACGCUGGACCUGCUGCAGGAGAAGGAUGCUGCCCAGAUCUUUGCAGAGCCUGUCAACCUGAACGAGGUUCCAGAUUACCUGGAAUUCAUUUCCAACCCAAUGGAUUUUUCCACCAUGAGGCGGAAGCUGGAGUCCCACCUCUACCGAACCCUGGAGGAGUUUGAGGAAGACUUUAACCUUAUAGUUACCAACUGCAUGAGGUAUAAUGCUAAAGACACGAUUUUCCACCGAGCAGCUGUCCGGCUCAGGGACCUCGGAGGAGCCGUUUUGCGCCAUGCCCGGAGGCAGGCUGAGAACAUUGGCUUUGACACUGAUGUGGGGGUUCACCUGCCCGAGUCACCCAAAACCGAGGACUUUUACCGCUUUUCUUGGGAGGAUGUGGAUAACAUCCUCCUCCCGGAGAACCGGGCUCACCUCUCCUUGGAGGCCCAGCUGAAGGAGCUGCUGGAGAAGCUGGACAUGGUGAGCACCAUGAGGUCCAGCGGCGCCCGGACGCGGCGCAUCCGGCUCCUGAGACGGGAAAUCAACUCCAUUCGGCAGAAACUGGCCCAGCAGCAGAACAAGACCAAUCCCAAUGGGGAGCCUGUGCCCCAGGAGGGGGGGCUGGAUAAAGCAUCGAGGGAAGGGGACGAGGAAGAGAAUAAAGAUGAUGCCAAACCCCCUCAGCCUCCCACCCUGGAACCCACAGGACCCGCACCAUCCCUCUCAGAGCUGGACUCUCUCCAGGACCCUCCAACCCUCAAACCCAUCAGUGAAAGCAAGUCCUUGAAUCAGCUGCAGAAGAAGGUGAUGCCAGACAGGGACCUCUUUGACAAGAAGGCCCUGCAACGGGAGAGCCAGGCCUUCCAGCGCCUGCUCAGCGACAACGGCCUCAACGGGCUGGCCUUGCCACCCGCGGGCACCCCGGCCAGCCCCCCCUUCAGCGGCGUGGGCCGAAGGACAUCUGUCCUUUUUAGGAAAGCUAAGAAUGGGGUGAAGCUGCAGAGAGGCCUGGACUGUUCCCUGGAGAACGGGGAGGGCCACGGGCAGGCCGGGCAGCUUUCACCUUCCCGCCCUCAGGCUCGGAAGCGGCUGCGGAGCGGGACCUGCAGCGAGAGCGACGGGGAGAGGUCGCCCAGGCAGGCAGGACAGAGAGGAGUGACAAAUGGUUUCACCAAGCACGGAGAAAGUGGCUCUGACUCGGAGUGUGGCUCUGGCAGGGGAGGUGGCCUGGUGUUUGAAGCCUGCAGUGGUUUGAUGCCCCCCAAGAGGAGUCGAGGGAAACCAGCUCUGUCUCGGGUGCCCUUCUUGGAAGGUGUGAAUGGAGACUCUGAUUUCAGCAGCUCAGGCAGGACUCUCCUGAUGUCCUACGAGAAUCAGGCUGAGCUGGAGCCCCUGGAGCUGGUGUGGGCCAAGUGCCGUGGCUACCCCUCCUACCCUGCCUUGAUCAUCGAUCCCAAGAUGCCGCGCGAGGGUUUGCUCCACAAUGGAGUCCCCAUCCCAGUCCCACCCGUGGAUGUGUUGAAGCUGGGGGAGCAGAGGCAGACAGAGGCAGGAGAAAAGCUCUUCCUGGUCCUUUUCUUUGACAACAAGAGAACCUGGCAGUGGCUUCCCCGUGACAAAGUCUAUCCCUUGGGCGUGGAUGACACGGUGGACAAGCUGAAGAUGAUGGAAGGCAGAAAAACCAGCAUCCGCAAGUCUGUGCAGGUGGCCUACGACCGAGCCAUGGUCCACCUGAGCAGAGUGAGGGGGGAUCACCCCUUCCUCACCUCCUCUUACCUGUGAGGCCUCAGGGUGCCUGCUCCUCCUUUUCCUCCAGACCUGGAGCCAGGUCUCCUCCUCCUCCACGGGUGGAGUGGAUGGUGUCGUGCGCUGAGCGGCUGGGGGAACGUUCCCAGCAGCUCAUCACUCCUCCAAGUACCCUGAAAUGUGCCAAAAAAAGCCUGCCCAGCUUCUUUCUGAAUGUGUCUUGCUGAAGAGCUGGCAGGAGGUGAGUUGUUCAGUCUACAGGGCCAGGAGUGAAGCAGGUAGGAAAAGCUGCUGGGUGACAGAGCCACGGUGCAGUGGCAGCACUGGGGUGUUGGGACCUCAUCCCUGCCCAACCCCCUCCCUGCCACUGGGGUGUUCAAAUCCUCAGCCAGCCCCAGUAAUUCCUGGGAUCCACUGUAACCCAACCAGGAUCCACUGUAACCCAACCAGGAUCCACUCAAACCCAACCAGGAUCCACCCAAACCCAACCAGGAUCCUCUACAACUGGAUCUCUACCCAGAUCCUCUACCCAACUGGACUUUUCUUGUGCCAAAUUCACCCAAAUAACCAUCAUUGGCCUUUUGAUACCUUUUUUAAUGACAUUGAUUGUCCCAUCACAUGAAACAACAACAACAAAUGGCAGCUGGGAGUUGGUGUGACAGUUUUCCUGCCUACACCUACGUGGUGUUUUCAUGUUUGAUUUCUCUCAUGUCAUGUAGAAAAGCUUGAGGUAUUUUGCUGACCUUCCCCUCUGCUGUACACACCUCCAUGCACAGAAGCACAGAGCUUUAAAUACUAAAAGCAAAUGAUUUUAUGUUUGGUUUUGUGUGUGUGUGUCCUAGAAAUUGAUUUGGUGGCUUGACAUUUCCAUUCUGAUUUCUGUGACUGUUCCAGGAACGUUUCAUAUCAGGGUUUCCUAAGAGUCUAAGCAAAGAUAAUUUCUCUUGUAAGAAGCUAAUUCUGGAGGUGUCUAAUGAGCUGGAGCAGCUUUGCAGGCACUGAGGUUGAUCAGGGUUGGAGGGAGAUGCAUCUUUUGUGUUGGUUUGUGCACAUUUGGUGUCAGGCUCCUCUUCCUUUCUUCCCCCCCCAUCCCCCUGUUUUUCCUUUGACUCAGUUUGGGUUGAAACCAAAAUGAACCCACCUGGGCCUUUUCACCUUCUCCCACCCACCUGUUCCCUUUUUCUCUUCUCUCCAGAGUUGUUACCCAUUAAAAAACCCCAGGACAUCCAGCUCUGCAGACAAUCCCUGCUUGUUUUUUUUUCCUUGGGGGGGGAGGGUGUGUUUUAAUAGCAAAAAAAAACCCCAAAACCAACUGAUGUUUGGAAACUCGAGGUAAAAAAAAACCUUUCCAAUCAGCCAAGGACUUGGGGACUUCUCUGGGUUUUUUUGGGUACCCCCCCCCCCUUUUUUUUGGUUGUUUUUCCUGCUUUCCCAUGUGAAGAACCAAAGGUGCAGAGCAAGAUUGUAGAUUGAAUAUCAUCAUUUCACUUUUUAACUCACUAUUUUUUUAAUUGCUUUGACUUUUUCAUACUGAAGAGAAUGGGGGGGGGGGAGGGUGUGGGUAAACAAAGAAAUAAUACUAAUUAAGAAUAAUUAAUAAUGAAUAGUGGGGAGUAAUCACUGCCAUUUCUACUUGGUCUACUUUUUUAAAAAUACCACUUCUUAUACAUUGGGACAUGGAACCACAUUUUAGGGAGGAUUCCUGUAACAUAAGAGAGAAAGGGGCACAGGGUUUUGUAAAAAUGAGAAGAAGAAGAAUCAUGCCUGUGGAGUGUGGCCAGGGAAGGAUGUUUGUGUAUAUAGCUGUAAAAUAUUGUUCUAAAUUAUUUAGACCUAUUGUUCACCAUUCUUGAAGUCCUCAGUUGUGUUGCUGGGUCUUUUUUUUUAUAUGCACCAUGUGUAAUUUAUUUCAAGGAACAUAACACUUUUCAGGUGGUAGCUCAGCUGUGGACUCGUGACCUGUGUCUAUUAUUAUGCUUUAAGAUCU